AGUCGUGAAGCAGCUUGCUAGUAAGGGGCGGUGUCACCACACCUGUACACUAUGCUAAUAUCUUCGCGCUGACCACGCCCCCGUCUACCGCUAUUGGCCCGAGGGAUUCAAUGAGCUUUUCCCAGUGAACGCCCCUCAUGCAGAACGCGGCUUCCAGUUACCUAGGAAGCGGCGAUCGCUCAGUGAGUAGAAAGAGGCUUCCAAGAUAAGGGCGCAAUAUUCGUUGGUUUGUUUUCGCAGCAUGCUUUGGAACGACCAUGGAGGAGUAAAAAGUACUUGUCUUGGAUGGUGACUGGACAGGACUGAAGGCUAUCGCCAAUAUGUCUCAGCCGUCUCGCGUCGUGCAGCUAUCAGCCACCUCGCUGGCUCUUGUGCUGUGCAAAGACGACGGCCACCGUGGCGACGGCACACCUAGCGGCCAGGAGAUCUUCUCGGACUUUAAGGCGCAGAAUCUGCAGAGCUUCUGGAACAAGCGACUGGUAAAAGCCAUGGCCGAGGUCCACUUCCAGGGAUGGAUGGAUAACUGCGUGCUUCUUGUGCAAGGAAGGAACAGCGCCCUGGAUGUGCUGCGAGAAGCUUGGAUGAGGAGGGCUCUGAGGCACCCGAAGGGCUUCGUAAUCCGGGCAGUAGGUGAUGUAACUCCAGUGCAGAUGUCCCCCAUUGCACAGUCUCAAUUCAUCCCCCUUUCAGAAGUGUUGUGCUCUGUAAUUUCAGACAUGAAUGUGGCUCAUGUAAUAGUUAACCAGGAGUCCCUGAUUGAGAGUCUACGGAAACAACAUCCAGGUCUGUCCAUUCCCACGCAGGAUAUUCUUUACAAUGCAUUGGGUACAUUGAUUAAAGAAAGAAAAGUCUAUCACACAGGAGAAGGCUAUUUCAUAGUAACUCCACAAACCUAUUUUAUAACAAACAGCCUAUCCAAAGACAGCCAGAAAUGGCUCACGAUUGAAAAUGAAGCUCUAUCAGUACCCCCUAUCACGUACCUGGUGAGUGCAGAAAGCUGUACAGAAUCUGUAACAGAAACCAUUCCUACCGUGGCUCAUUGCAAAUCCUGCCGCUGCUUUGAUCGACUGUCCACUCAAUCCGUCCAAGACCAGCAGUCUCUCAGUGAAAGUGCUCUUAAGAGCCAGAAAUCCCUGAAGGACGCAAAGCCCACCGUUCAGCACCAGUCUACCUCGACAGCUGCUGACUACCGGCCUCGUGAAUUGAGCAAAUCCUCACUGGCUGGCAAAGAGAAAGAAAGGUUUGGCAAAAGGUUUAGCCUUAGCCUAUUCCGGCGUAACACCACCAAAAAAGAGAAACCCAAAAAAGAAUAUGCAACGUACUCAGGCCAAUUUCCACCAGAAGAAUGGCCUGUCCGGGAUGAGGACAACCUGAACAACCUUCCCCGAGAUUUGGAGCAUGAGAUAAUUAAGCGCAUCAAUCCCAGUCUAACAGUAGACAACCUGGUGAGACAUACCAUCAUGAUGAGGAAACUCGAGGAGCAGAGUAACUUCAUCAGCAAAGGUACCACCACAGAAAUUCUGGCCACCAAACAAAGGCAACUGUCGAAAAACACCACUAGGAAGCCAUCAGGCAAAGCAAACAAGCACAGAAAGAAAGGCAAUUAUUCCAGGGAGAAGCAUCGAGCAAAAAACAAGCUGACCGUGGACAAGGAGGAUAACAAACAGGCAGCCAUCAGCAGUCACUCAGAAAAUCGUAUUGAAUAUUUCACUGACUACCUUCAGCCAGACUACAAUGUUCGGGAAACGGAGUUUGAGUACCAAAGGUGUAAUGAAGUCACUGAUGUGGAAAGCAAGAACCUUUAUAAAAAGCAAAUUGAUAAUCCUUUCCAAGGCAUGUCAGUGAGAGACACCAGCUCUGGAAGGAGCCAUAAGCACCAGGAUCUGAAGCGCUCGCGAUCAGAGAAGCCUACUCAAAGGUCAAAAUCUUGGGACUCCUCCAGGACCAAAGUCGCUAACGACAAUGAUGCACAUGCAGUUGCUAGCAGAGAAUAUCGGAGUAAAGACUUGAAUUACGAUGUCACACUAGAUAUCCACCCAGUGAAGGAAUAUUCGGGGGAUUAUGGUUCACAUUACCCAGAAAGUAGCACCUUGAGAAUUGAGGAGAAGUUUGUCAGUGUCAAGGGGGGCUCAGUUCAAAGUGGACACUUCUAUGAAGAAGCAAACCAUGAAGCCAGGCUUAGGACUUUGCCGGACAAGUGUACUUCUGGGAGUUUAACUAUGAAACUCACGGACAAAAAGAAUGAAGCAUCUCAGAGUAUGGUGCCAAAUGUGCACUCCUUGCCACCUCAGAUCACUUACCAGUGUGACACAGCGGCAGUACUGCUGCCAUGGCAGACAAAGACAGCUAAUCAGAACCGCCUGUCUUCCAUCUUCGGACAGGAACCUGGGAUUUCUGACCAUCUGAGCACAUGCCAACCUGAACGGAAAACCAAAUCUCUCAGAAAUGGUAUUGGCCCGCCUCGGGAGACCAAACAGACGGACAGCGAAGGUUUCUCAGAUGAUGAGCAGGCAGUCUAUCAGCAACCCGUUGAUGAAGAUGAUGCUUGCAGUUCACUGUGUUUAAAUGAGGAUUCCGAAGGUUCUGAAUUUAGCGAAACUUCACAACAAACACCUUCCCAUUAUCGCCAAGUCUGGAAUAAUGCAAUAGUGGAGGUCCAGUUGACUAGCACAGGUAUAGACCAGUGCCUCAAUUCUGACUAUUCUUCCCAGCAAGAAGAGACAAAAUGGAAGGAAUCCCAUAAUAGGCAUGUUGCAAACCUGUCUGCUGGCAUCCAGUUAGAGAGCACACGCCAGUCCCUGUCGCAGUUUAUUUCUGAGCAUGAAGAAGAUGUGGACUGUGGCGCCCAACAGGAGGAGGUUGGCGACUGUAGUAUAUUUGACUACUGCCAGGCAAGUGAGGCCGACUCUGAUGCAGAGACCGUGCAAAAGUCCAUUGAUGAAGGAGAUGGCAAAUCUACAUGCUGGAACAUGGAUCAGGAAACGGAGGAGAUGUUGAGGAAAGAGUUUGAGCAAAAAGUGGAGCUCCUGCAUUCAGGACCGAGCCCGAUACUUGGCCAUGACGAAUCUCGAGAGACAGCAAUGCCCAUUGAAACUGUGGAAAAUCACAGCAUUACUGGAGACAGUGGGAUUGAUUCCCCAAGGGCGAGAGUGAUCCUUACAUCAAACAACACUGCCUUUCUGGAAGGACUGAAACGACGAAGCUUUCUCCAGAACCUAGAAAAUCUACACUCUAAAAACAACGCGAUCCGGCCACAAAGUUCUUUGUUGCAGCUGACGCCGGUGAUAAACGUGUGACGUUUCUAAGGAUUACAAUGAUGAGUUAUUGUAUUAAUCCAUCAUAACUGCCCUUGAAGAUGCCGGUGCAAAUUAUCAGAGUGAAAAGUCUCCUGCUGUUCUUCAGUGGUGUUCCUAUUUCCAGACUUAUUUAUUCUCCCACUCCCAUGUAACUUAAACGUAUCCCUGAUUGAAAUCCUAUUUCAUUUCUUUUAUUAAAAUUGGAGGCUGUAGUUUGAAUGAAGAACCUGCAUCAGACCAAAGAACAACAGCAUGGGGACCGGAGAAGGAUGUUGGCUCAUAACACUGUGCGUGACCCGACUGUGGUUUUAUCACCGUAAAGUUUGUUAAUGUAGAUUUGGGUUCACGGCUGGCAAACACACAACAUUUCAAUACUUUUUUCCAAUAUUCAAGUAGUGUAUAAAUGUAUAUAAUUUUUUUUACCUCAACAAUUAAAUGGAAAAUUGCAAAGUGGCAACAAUAAUCUUUG